UAAGAAAACUGACGCCUAAUCCAAACAAGUGAAGGAAAAAACUCUUGAAAAAGUAAAAAUUAAUUGAAACUACGAUGUUUGACGUCAACAUUCUUCGAAAAUAGAAUGCAAGGACUUACAAUGGUCGUUUUGUUUGCAAAAACAUUACAUUGAAAAAAUGUCUCAAACUCAGCUCUCCUUUGAAGGAAAGGACGCGAUGGCAGAUUUAUAGGGUGUUUAGUUUCCCAUAUUUCAAGAUUUGAAACUGGAUACCACUCGCACAGCAAGACUCAAAUUCUGGCUAAUCAAUAUUUAGCUACAGUUGUCAAUGAGUUUUGACUUGGCAUCCUUCAGACUUUCAAUGCGCAAACCAUGCCGCCUUGCUUGCGUUAGCGCGUUACAAGUGGUUGUGUCGAGAUCAAAGGUACACACAGCACUCGCGUCUCACUAUCUGAAGGUCGAAUCUGUGGAGCGUGGAGAUUUUUUUGCUAUAUUUUGAUAAUGUGCUUAAGUGAAAGAUAAGUGUCGGGAACAACAACACAAGGCCAGCCGAGGCGUCCGGACAAAUAGCCGCGUAUGGCAGCCAUGUUUUCAAUCUGUACAUUUGGAGUCUUCGCGGUUCUUGUCCAACUAGCCGGCACUCUAACCGUCGGAGACAAGCACCCAGAGCGUUUUGCGAGAAACCACAAAGAAUACCGGAUAACCAUUCCUUCAGUGCUCGACAGCAACGGUAACUUUGUAUCGCACGUGGUUCGUAAAUCACCUCACAACUCGCGCCUAGAACAGCAAGGUGACAGUGCGAAACGAAAUACAAGCGACGGCGAAAUUUUACACCUCGAAAUACCGACAUUUGAGGGGCAAAAACUGCAGCUUCGUCUGUCCAAAAACACAAAGUUCACAGCACCAGGGCUGGUGAUCGAAGAAGGCGAUGAUGUUAGGCAACACAACCUCGACUGUCAUUACACAGGACACAUAACGGAUCAGCCGAAUUCUGCGGUAUCGCUCAGCUUUUGUCAAGGUUUGAAAGGACUUAUCCAAACUGAAGAUGGAACCCACUACCUAAUUGAGCCUGUACGGGAGCAAAAUUCUUCAAACGUGGACGAUGAACAUUCUCAUGCUGUGUACAGGAGAUCGUUUGAUGAUUCCUUGUUACCAUGGAAACAACAAGGCACGGAGUUAUGCUCUGACCAAGAACCGAUUACUUUGAAACGUAGGCUUCGCUCGCCAUACCUCGAGUUGAGAAAUCGACAGAAAGGCCGUGAAAGACGUUCAGUUAGCAUGGAGAAAAACGUGGAGAUGCUGAUGGUCGCUGACAAGACAAUGUACGAGUUUUACAUGGGCGGAUUAGAAGAAUAUCUCCUCACUAUAGCCAAUAUGGUGAGCAACAUAUUUCGGAACCCAAGUAUCGGCACAGCGAUCAACAUUGUGCUGGUGCGAGUGAUGAUUCUAAAGGAAAAUCCGAGUGCCCUAAAAGUCACACAUCAUGCCGGCCACACUCUUAAACACUUCUGUCGCUGGGCGACUCUCAUUAAUCCUAAAUCAGAGGACCAUCCUAAUCAUCAUGACAUCGCAGUCUUAAUAACCAGGCAUGACAUAUGCAGGGGAAUCAACGAGCCCUGUGAGACAUUAGGUCUUUCACAGGUGAACGGUCUUUGUACCAAAGACAAGAGUUGUAACGUGAAUGAAGAUAAUGGCUUGAACCUGGCUUACACUAUUGCCCACGAGAUUGGACACAAUUUUGGAAUGUUACACGAUGGAAAUGAAAAUGACUGCAAGUGGAGUCAAGAUAAACCAUAUCUGAUGUCUCCUCAACUAGAAGCUUCAGGCCGACAACAACUGUGGUCUUCUUGCAGCAGAAAUUAUGUCAGGCGCUUCUUAAAUAAAGGCUGGGGCCGCUGUCUUGAUGAUGAGCCUGCAAAGCAUGACUUCAAGUUUCCCACAAUGUCACCAGGGGUGAUAUACGACGCCGACCACCAAUGCCGCUUGCAGUACGGCCUUGAGUCUUCUCACUGCACUGGUAUGAUGGACAUCUGUAACAGUUUGUGGUGUCGAGUUGGAAGAUCAUGUCACUCCAAAAUGGAACCAGCAGCUGAUGGAACAAAAUGCGGUGACAACAAGUGGUGUUACAAAGGAAGCUGCAUCGAGAGAGGAGAGAUUCCAGAGAGCGUCGAUGGCGGUUGGGGUCCCUGGAGAAACUACAGCCAGUGUUCACGAACCUGUGGCUCAGGAGUUUCAUUCACGGAAAGACAGUGUGAUAAUCCCCGCCCAGCUCAUGGAGGAAAGUACUGCAUCGGCGAGUGGAAGAAAUAUAAACUGUGCAAUACACAGCCAUGCCCAGCUGGUAGUGUGAGUUUCCGCGAGCUACAAUGUUCACAGUUUGACAAUAAACGCAUUAAUAACAAACAGUGGAAAUGGAAACCACGUUAUUCACAAGUCUCACCAUGCGAGUUGCACUGCACACCUAAAGGAUUGUUUGGUUUGUACUUCUCCAAGAAGUUGGCUGAUCAUGUGCAUGACGGGACACCUUGUUUUCCUGGAAAGCGUAAUGUCUGUAUCAACGGCAAAUGUGAGCAUGUUGGUUGUGAUAACGUUCUCCAUUCAAGCGCUAAAGAAGAUAAAUGCGGUGUUUGUCGUGGGGAUGGGACAGCGUGUGAGACGGUCAAGUCCACUUUUGACCAGAGAACAGGAAUAGGGUACGUAGAAACAAAAGUGAUUCCAGCUGGAGCCAGGAAUAUACGCGUGGAAGAAGUGGCCAGUGCUCCCAACUACCUAGCGUUGCGAUCGUCCAGCGGUAAAUGGUAUCUGAAUGGUGAUUGGUACAUUCAACAGAGUGGUGAAUACACCGCCGGCGGUACCACAGUGUUCUACAAACGAACACACAACAAGGAGACUUUCCAGGCCCUGGGGCCGACCACGGAUGACUUACAUAUUAUGCUCCUGUUCCAAACAAAAAACCCAGGAAUUAAAUUCGAAUACACAAUCCCUAAGAACCAGACGAUCACCCACAAACUGGUGUUCAAAUGGAAAUACAGCGAGUGGACACCAUGCUCGGCUACAUGUGGCGUAGGUUCCACACGUUCUGAAGUGGAGUGUAUCGAGGAGAGUGGUACACCGGUGGAUGACAAAUAUUGUAAGCCGCUACCAAGACCAGAUGACAGACAGAAGACUUGUAAUGAAGACCCGUGUCCACCCACAUGGUGGAAAGGACCAUGGCAGAAAUGUUCUAAAAGCUGCGGCAAAGGAAUCUCAAUUCGUUCAGUGAUUUGCAUCAGAAGUGCUGGAAAUGACGAACAAGUUGCAUUAAAAGACGAAGAAUGUACAAAGAUCAGAGAGAAGCCUGAUGUUGUAAGGUCGUGCUUCAGGAAACCGUGUCCAUUGGCGUGGGCUGUGGGCGCCUGGACAAAGUGUUCGGUGUCCUGUGGCCAAGGAAUCAAGAAACGAAGAGUAACUUGCCCAGCUGUAGACCCUAAACAGAAGUGCGACAGUAGAGCUGUACCUAUCUCCUGGGCCUACUGUAACGACAGACCGUGUCCUAAGCUCACUCCGCCGCCCCGAACUAUGGCUGUUAUUCGAGGAAGUGAUGCAGGAAUCGAACCUGUGGCAGGAUCUGUUACCAAGAAGAGCUGCACUGGACGGGACUGCCAGCAAUGGACAGUGGGAGCGUGGAGUAAGUGUUCGGUAACUUGUGGUGAAGGGUAUCAGUUCCGUCUUGUUCACUGCGCAGGCUCAGACAUACACUGUAACAAGGACACUAAACCGCCAAAACAAAGGAAAUGUUCCAUGGCCUCCUGUGCGGAGUGGAAUGUUGGUUUCUGGACGAAAUGCUCAACUUCUUGUGGGAGCGGAACGCGCAAGCGCAGUGUGAAAUGCAUUGCUGUUAAAACUGGCUUGGCGUCGACACAAUGUACCCUAGUUAACAAGCCAAACACUCACGAAGAGUGCAAUAACAAGAAGUGUCCAAGUGAAAAAACAGUUCAGUCGCGCGGUCAACCAAAUCCAAGCUGUGCUGAGAGUAGCAGAGAUACUUACUUUUGCAAGUUGGUUGUACUUCACAAAUUUUGCCGAUUUAAACACUGGAAGGACAGAUGUUGUAAAACAUGCCUGACGUCGACGUCCUGACACAGACAAAUAAAAGAUUGGUGCUAUUGCAAGGCAAAACCAAUGCAAUAUCAUAGAAUGAACGACACUACAACGAAUGGUCAUCGGAGAUGGUCGGAAUACGGAUCGGUACCGUUCGGAAAGCACGAGCAUGAAGAUUAGGUACAAGGCUGAUGUAAAGAUUAGAUGGGAACAUACGGAAGAAACAUCAUGUUUUUUCACGUAAAGUUAAAUUAUUUACAGUUUGUCCUUACCAUGGGACUUAAGAUAUUCUCAAUUUUAAAGUUUCAAAAUCGAUUUCAAAGAAAUUGAUAUUUUCUGUUUUCACUCCCGAUUUCUAUCGAUAAGCAAAAGGAAAAGCAAUUAGUUUAAUAUCAUAUUAAUAAUUAGAACAAAAUAUCCGGUAUCUCGGAAAACCGGUGUGUGUAUGUCCUUUAAAAGCUUUGAGAGUUGUGUUUAACAAACAAAUUCUCCUUCUCUGCGUCCUUACCCUUGUUGCAUUUUAAGUUGGGAGAAUUUGAUCAAAAUAUUUUCUCUCAUCUUCCCGUCCUACCUGAGUCCGAGAGAUGAGAGACCCUGGGGACGAGGUUGGUUAGUGUUUAGUACCAGGGAAUUUACAGAUUCUCUGGUAGUUUUCAGUGUCUAUCAUGAUUUCAUUAUUGUAUUAGUUAGAAAGCAAUAGGCUUUUUGUACAUGCUGCUUUCUUAUCUAUCUCGCCAUUUAGUGAAUAGCGCUUCACGGUUUAAGUUCAGUAGUUUUCAGACGAAAUUUAGACGAUACUUUUUAGACGAUAUUUAUUAAGAUGCACGCGAUGACAGAAAAUUCUAGAACAAAUAAAGUAAUAAAAGAUUGUUCAA